AUGAAUAACUCCAUCAAUGCAUCGGAUUUACGGAGCGUCAGCCCGCACGAAGCCCCCUUAAAGGGCGUGUCGAAGACCUUUAAUGAUUUGAUUGAAACGUCCAAGAAUCUGCCUUCUACAUCAUCCGAGUUGGGUUCCGUACUAUUGAAUGUCAAUGAACUCAAGAAGCGGGCUGCAGAGUUAAGAGCUAAAAAUGUCAAGAACAAAUCUCCUCACCAUACCCGGGCACACUAUUUGUUGGCAGGAAGUGGACUGGCGAUUCAAGAUGUUGAAUCUUCUUUGAAAACCCUUGAAUCGAGACAGCUGUUGGAGCAGAAUGUCCAAAAUAAGGUUCCCGAUGGAGAUCUUGACACCUACCUGCGCAAUAAAAAAGAUGAAAACAUCCUCUCCUCUAUUGAGCAGUCCUUGUCUUUGGCGGCAAAGGAUUUUGAUAAUUUUGUCAAUGCGAACUUCAAUCUGGACUGGAAGAAGCAUAAGGAGGAAGUGAAGAGGAGCUUUUUGGGUCUCGUAUGGAAGUCGGAUCCAAACCACAAGAGUCCAACUUCUGUGUCUGAACCAUCAUUUAUGACCUGGCCCAAGAAAGGUAGCGGAAUAUUGGAUGGUGAAUCAAAGCUGAAUAUCAACGAAAACUACGUUGUGAGAGAGAAGUUUGAAAAAUACGCCAGAAUAAUCAAUCGGUUCAACAAUGCCAGACAGCUGCAUAAUAAUUUCCCUUUGACGACAGAGUUUAUUACUCUAUUCCAAAAUUCCGCAGACUACAAACAGAGGCAGCUGCUCGAAGCAUGGAAGAUCCUUGAUAAUUACCGCUUGUGUUCGGAUUCUAUGAAUAUUGUGGAUAUUUCAAAAGGGUAUCUUGAAAACCAAUUCAUGGACUACGUCGACAAUCUAUACACCAAAAAUGGAAAUGAAGGAUUGCCUACUAACAUUAAUAAGAUCAAAUCCUUCAUUGAUUGUAAAUUAAAAAAUCCAAAUAACACUUGGAAGUUUGGCAACUUGACGAUCGUCAAUGGUGUUCCUGUGUGGGCCUUGAUCUUUUAUCUAUUAAGGGCCGGUAAGUUCCAGGAAGCUUUGGAGGUCGCCAUAAACAAUAAGCUAAGUUUAAAAAAGGUGGAGCAGUCUUUCCUGGUAUACUUCAAAGCAUAUGUCUCCUCUAAAGACAAGCGGCUGCCACAGGAGUUCAUUACUAGAUUGCACACGGAGUACAAUCAACACAUUAAAAACUCCCUCGAUGGCGACCCCUUCAGACUCGCCGUUUACAAGAUCAUUGGAAGAUGUGAUCUGACGAGAAAGAAUAUUUCCGCUAUAACGCUGAGUGUUGAAGACUGGCUAUGGGUCCACUUCAUGUUGAUAAAAGACGGCAUCUCCAGCGACGACCCAGUUUAUGAGAGAUAUAGCCUGGUCGACUUCCAAAACAUCAUCACGUCUUAUGGCUCUUCCAGCUUCAAUAACCACUACUUGCAAGUCCUACUUCUCAGCGGUCAAUAUGAACUAGCUGUCCAAUAUGCCUACACUAUUAACGAAAUUGACGCUGUUCAUUUGGCGAUCGCUCUGGCGGAUUAUAAAUUAUUGAAGGUGGCAGCUAAUGUGACUGACGAUGAGUUUGUCACGUCGCCCACUGGCGAGAGAAAGAUCAACUUUGCAAAGAUUCUGGGGAACUAUACAAAGUCCUUCAAGUUCUCUGAUCCUAGAAUUGCGGUGGAAUAUCUUCUCCUAAUCGCUUUAGCGCACGAAGACUCACAAAUUGAACUUGCUCACGAAGCAUUGAGGGAGCUGGUCCUAGAUACUAAAGAGUUCACCAUACUCCUCGGAAAAAUCAACAGGGAUGGCACCAGGAUACCGGGCAUUAUCGAGGAGAGACAGCCUCUGCUUUACUUGGCCGACAAAGAGGACUUUUUGCAUAAGAUUACGGAGCAGGCAGCGCGCAGAGCAGAUGAAAAUGGCAGAGUCUACGACAGUCUGCUACUGUAUCAGCUGGCGGAAGAGUACGAUAUUGUCAUUAGCAUUGUUAAUAAGCUGCUGAGCGAAAUGUUGAGCAACACUGACCUGGCGCAACCCCUGAUGCGGCAGGACGACAAUAGCGAGACUAACCCUGUUCUAAUCGCCAAGAAGCUCAUUGAUGUCUAUAUCAAGAACUUGGAAAUUUCAAAGAAGGUACACAGGAAAAACAAGGAAACAUGCAUUCUGCUCCUGAAACUCGUGGAUAUAAGGAGAACAUAUAUUGCAAGACAGUGGCAAAACACCCUGCAGCAGAUAGAGGAGCUGGAUCUGCUUCCAUCUGUCGAAGACUCUUCCCCAAGGAAGAAGGCGCAGGAAUUCCACAACCUGGACGACUGUAUCAUAAAGAAUGUCCCCAACCUGUUGAUCAUCGCCAUGACCUGCGUUUCUAACCUCAUCAAGCAGUUGAGCAAGGGCCCCUUCUCCAACGGGGCCACGCAAGCUCAAGUCGAGGCUCUGAAGAAGGUCGCCAACAACUACAUGAUCUACAGAGGCAUGAUCCAGUACAAGAUGCCUCGGGAGGUGUACAACACCCUCAUAAACAUCGAGGUGGACCUCUGA